AUGCUUGUCGGGGCCGGUGGCAACGCUGGGGGGCAAAGUACCGUACUGGUUGUCCGCCGCCUGGCCCUGGCGAGCGCUCGCUGGAAGGCCAAGGGAGUGGAGCCUGCCGUUUCGGUGAGACGGAUCGUGGGCCCAGAGAUCAUCGUGGGCGCCAAGCUGGCGCUUGUCCUCUUUGGUGCCGCCUUCCUCCGCUGCGCGAUCUUUAAGGUCUACGGCGCGGAGUGCGUCGCCAUCUGCUUGUCCAUGUUGGUCAUCGUCUUCUGCUCGACGGCCCUGGGCGCGGCCCUCCCCAUCGUCCUCAACAAGCUUGGAUUGGAUCCCGCACAUGCUGGCGCUACGAUCCAAGUGCUGAUGGAUGUCAGUGGUGUGGCGCUGACUUGCGUCAUCUCCAGCAUGGUUCUGGGAUUCAAAGAUGGCUCCGUGCAUGGAGAGACGACGACCAGCCUCAGCGUCGUCUCCGAGAGCCUGCACAAGGCGGCUCCGCCGACCCCUGCACCAGCGCCGGUGCCUUGA